AUGGAGUACGAGUACAUGCAGUCGUCAGGGCAAGGCCAACAACAACAGCCCCAACAGCAGCGCCAGCAGUCCAGUGCUCAGCAGUGGCAGUAUUCAAACCCAGGGGUCAUUCAAGCUAACCCUCCUUACCCUGUUGAUGGCGGCGGCGCGGCUGCAGGUGGUGGUGGAGGAGGAGGAUACAAUCCUUACCAGGAAUAUAACCCACACCACGAGGACCCACAGUAUCACCAGCAUCAUCAGCAGCAUUUACAACAACAGCAACAGCAACAGCAACAGGUGCAACAGCAACAGCAGUUUCAGUAUCAGCAACACCAGCAACAAGGCCACCCACCACAGCAGGGACACCAGCACCAGCAUGGAUAUAGUGAAGGAGGAGGAAACGACCAUCUUGGAUCAGGAGGAAGUGCCGAGCAUUUGUUUGACCGAUCGACCGAGGGGAUCUCUAAAUCCGCAUUGGAUCAGUCUGCGGCGGCAAAGUACCGGUUGGAGCAUCAUUUCAGUCUUUCGCUUGAGCAGGCUAUUGAGCGAAGUGAAAGGAGGAUAGAACUUGAGAGGAAACUGGAGACAGAGCCAGGAAGCGAGGAGCGGAAGCACCGUCAACUGGCCGCUCUGGGCAGGAAAGAGUCCCAGUUCUUGAGAUUAAGACGGACGCGCCUGGGACUGGACGAUUUUGUGACGGUCAAGGUGAUUGGCAAGGGAGCCUUUGGAGAGGUCCGUCUGGUCCAGAAGCUGGACUCUGGAAAGAUCUAUGCCAUGAAGACUCUUCGCAAGGCCGACAUGUUCAAGAAGGACCAGCUUGCCCACGUCAAGGCGGAAAGAGAUGUACUGGCAGAGUCGGAAUCGCCUUGGGUUGUACAGCUGUACUAUUCUUUCCAGGAUCCCCAGUACUUGUACCUGAUCAUGGAAUUCUUGCCCGGCGGAGAUUUGAUGACGAUGCUGAUCAAGUACGACACUUUCUCGGAAGACGUGACCCGGUUCUACAUUGCCGAGUGUGUCCUCGCCAUCGAGGAUAUCCACAAGAUGGGCUUCAUCCACAGAGACAUCAAGCCCGAUAAUAUCUUGAUCGACCGCGAUGGACAUAUCAAGUUGUCGGAUUUUGGAUUGUCGACUGGAUUCCACAAGACACACGACUCGCAGUUCUACCAGCGGCUGUUGGAUGGGCAGGUUAAGGGGAACGCCACCAACAAUAGCGACAGCGAUGGCGUGACCCGUCUGGAUGCUGGGGUCGAUGCCAUCAACCUCACCUUUUCCAGCAAGGACAAGCUGGCCACCUGGAAGAAGAACCGCCGCACCUUGGCGUACUCGACUGUGGGUACACCGGAUUAUAUUGCGCCAGAAAUCUUUUUGCAGCAGGGAUAUGGACAGGAGUGCGAUUGGUGGUCUUUGGGAGCAAUCAUGUUUGAAUGCUUGGUCGGAUACCCACCCUUCUGCAGUGAGAACGCUCACGAGACGUACCGCAAGAUUAUGAACUGGCGGGAGCAGCUCUAUUUCCCUGAGGAUGUCCAUCUCUCUCCCGAUGCCGAAGACUUGAUCCGCAGAUUGAUCUGCUCGCCCGAGAUGCGACUGGGCCGACACAGUGUGCACGAGAUCAUGUCGCAUCCAUUCUUCAAUGGCGUGGAUUGGGCCAACAUCCGGCGAAUGGAGUCACCGUUUGUCCCUAAUCUGAACUCUAUCACGGAUACUAGUUACUUCCCGACCGAGGAUCUCGACAGAGUGCCUGAUUAUCCUGAGCAGCAUGCCUCGGACUAUAUGACACCAGACGACAACAGCAAACAGAAGGACUUGGCGUUUGUUGGAUAUACCUUUAAACGGUUUGAGUCUCUCACCAAGCGAAACGCGCUCUGA